AUGCCUGCCAGCCCACUCUCUUCAUUGCACGACAUCGAGUCACAGCAUCUCUCGGAACUGUCUAUAUCAGCCUUGCUCAUCUCUCCAACGGACCUUAUCACCGUAGCAUCAUCACCGAGCAUGUCGACGACGGCCCCAACGACCUCCGCUACAAGUGCCGUCCAUCCGAACGGCACUCCCCAUCACACAGCAGACACCUUUCGCCCGCUGCUCAAAGCGCUCGCGCUCGCCGCUUCCGUCGACUCGCAAUCCGGUCAACCCAACCACCCCUCAGGAACCUCGACGAUCACGCACACACAACUCGAACAGAUCCUUCAGCACCUCGCGGAUCCCAACUUCACCUCCUCCCGAGAGAACCACGCCCAGAUCGGUUCGGCCUUGACGUGUCUCAAGUUCUGUCGACUCGACAUCCAGGCCGAGACGUUCGCUCUUGCGGCACGCAUCUUUCUGGACUGUUGUUUGGAUGUUCAUGUUCCACCGCUCGAUCGGGAGGCGGAAGAGUACGACUCUGGUGUCGAGUAUCGUGGAACGCUGGAUCUGGUAGGAACAGGUGGAGAUGGGAAGGAUACGUUCAAUGUUUCCACAACAGCCGCUAUGGUCGCGGCGGGUGUCAAAGGCGUAAGGGUAUGCAAGCACGGAGCGAAAGCCUCUUCUUCAACCUCCGGUUCAGCGGAUCUACUCAUGUCCCUGGGUAUCCCUCUACUCUCACUCCCAGCAUCUCAACUUCCCGACGUCCUUCGGAAAAGCAAAUUCAGCUUCCUAUUCGCUCAACUCUACCACCCGGCACUAGCACCUCUCGGUCCCAUCCGAAGAUCCCUCGGCUUUCCCACCAUCUUCAACGUCCUGGGUCCGCUGAUCAACCCAGCCAAACCGCAACGCUGCAUCCUCGGCGUACACAGCUACUACCUCGGUCGAAUCUUUGCCGAAGCUUUGAGAAAGAGAGGAACGCAGCGUGCUUGGAUCGUAUGCGGACAGGAAGGGUUGGACGAGAUCUCGCCUGCUGGCAAAACGGACGUUUGGGAGUUGAAUGCAGGUGAGAUCAAGGAGUUCACCAUCGAACCGAAGGACUUUGGGUUGGAGAGUCAUCCGCUGGAGCACGUGGGGAGUCAUUCCGCCGACGAAAAUGCUGCCAUCGUACUCAAGAUGUUCUCUACACCGGAUUCGAGCACCUUGCAACACGAGCCGCUCGACUCCAAUCUCGCGCUGGAUCCCCGGGACUUUGCCAACUUCGCACCGGAAACGCUGGUCCACGUCCGUUCGCUACCCACCAUCCCUCGAGGCGUCAGGCUGCAAGCCGUCAAGGACUACACCCUGCUCCAAACCGCUGCAUUGCUGUACGUAGGUUCGUACGCAUCCUCCCUCAAGCAGGCGACAGACCUCGCAAGACGCAGCAUCGAAAGCGGUGCUGCACUCAGAGCGCUCGAGACCUUCAGGGACGAAUCCAACCUGGCCAUCGUCGAAGGCGAAAAGCAGGAGCAGAGCAAGAAGGAGAACAGGGAGAACAGAAAGAGCAUCGAAGAGACGGUAAAGAACCAGGAUCAGUACAGUUAUCUACCAGAGAUCAGGCAGGAGGUAUCGGUCGGUACCGACGAUUAG